AUGCUCGCCCCCAGCCGUCCCCUCUGUCAAAGGCUCGCCAUUCCUGUCCAGGCUUGCCAACGUUUCUCGUCCAACCGCAAGGUCAAGGAGCAUGACGUCUUAUUCCUCCGCCAGCAGGGUGCCAAGUACCCGAAAUGGCAUCUCACGUCGCCUCUGCGUCCCGGAUCUCGCGUGAAGCUCUCGUACGGCGCGUCGAUGGCGGCCGAGGAUCUCAUCGGUCGACAGCUGCUCGACGUCGUCCACGACAGCGGCAGCCACAAGGUGGUCCUGUACGAGCCGACGCUGUCGAGCUACGUCAUCAACUCGGAACGACUCGCAACGCCGAUAUACCCCCACGACGCAAACACCAUCGUCUCCCUCCUCGAUCUCACACCUUCUCGCCCAGGCGAAGGCGAAGAGGCCGAAGACGGGCAGCCGUUUGAAAUAUUCGAAGCCGGCACAGGCAUGGGAAGCCUGACGUUGCACAUUGCGCGCGCCAUGCACGCGGCGAACCCUCCCAUGCGGCCCGAACUCCGCCUCGCACUCUGCGAAGCCAAACCGAGACGGCGGCAGGAUCCAUCCGCCUCCCCGCAGCUCGACCUCUCGCCAGACCUUCAGGCCGCCCUCGACGCGUACAAGGCCUCCCGCCGGGCCGUCCUUGUCACGCUGGAUCGGAACGGCCAACAUCUCGACGCCGCCCACAAGCUCGUGCGCAACUUCCGGCGCGCACAAUACCUCCCUUCGAUUGACUUUGUCGCCGGAUCCAUCAGUGACUAUCUUUCUCGACGGUUGGCCCAAUCGGCCGGCAAACCGUUCCUAUCCCGCGCCGUCUUGGACCUCCCGUCGGCGCAUGAACACGCGGCCCACGUCGUCGAGGCUUUACAACCCAACGGGCUGCUUGUUGUCUUUACACCAUCCAUCAGCCAGAUUGCCGAGUUCCACGACUGGGCCAAGCGAAGCAGCCAGCCCUUGCGAUUCGAGAAGGUGCUCGAGCUGCCCGUGUCGACGACCAGCGACGGUGUUCACGAUGCCGGUGGGGGCAGGCAUUGGGAUGUCAGGACGGUGGUGCCUAGGGACAGCGAGGGGGUCGAGGGAGAGAUGGUGCAGGUGAUGCGGCCCAAAGUGGGCGAUCGAGUUGCCGGCGGCGGCUUCAUUUCUCUCAUGCGCCGAUGGCCAGCGAGGGAGGCGGAGACGGUCGACGGUAUCGUGACUGAUGUUGAAGGGAAGCCGCAGAAGCAUGAGGCGACAUCGGCAGGGAAAGAUGAAUAA